AUGGGAUCAUUUCCCAAAUCCACGGGUAACGUUACCGUUUGGUACCAUUAUCUAUUUUCCCUUAUCGCAAUCCAUCCCCUUAAAAAGUAUCCAUUUUUUUUUCUUCUCUUCUCUCUCUUUAAACACCUGGAAGAAGAUCAUUGUGUCAUUACAACAUCUUCUACUUUCCCCUCUCUCCGUGACACCUCAUAUGCGCCCAUCCUCGUCCUGCGUGAAACUAUUGAUAACCGGAACAUUCUGCACGGGCGAGAACAAAGCUUACACUUCCUAAAGAUUUUCCCUACUGUUCGCCAACAACCUCCCUUUUCUUUUCCCGUGCAACUGAACCUCUUGCCACGUCAAUUGUUGCCCAACAAGAUUCAUACCAAGUGA